CCAUACUACUAUUGCCAUUUUCAUCCAUUCCUCUCCUCAAACUUCUGUUCACCAAACCAAAGAAACAAAAUUAAACAAGAAAACAAGUUAAUUACAAUGGAUCCAUCUCCUUUUGUUCGUUUAAUAAUCGAAUCAUUAGCUCUUAAACUGCCAUUAGCAGCAACAAAACCAUCUGGUCAUCACGCAAUCCACCCAUCCACAACUCCCAGUUACGCAAAACUCAAGCUCAAAAGCUUCCCUUCCCAAAUUACCGUUCUGCCCCUCUCCCCCGCAUCCACUGACCCCACUCCCCCAGACUCCUCCGCCGUCGCCGCCGGUUUCCACCUCGACGCCGUCGCUCUCCGCCGUCUGUCUGCCAAACCAGUUACUUUACACGUGUCUGUUUUUACUGGACGUAUGGGUCACACGUGCGGGGUUAGUUCGGGGAAGUUGAUUGGUUCUGUUCAGGUGAGUAUUGAUUUGAGUGGGACCAAUUCGGAGGCGCGUGUGUUCCAGAACGGGUGGAUGAAGUUAGCUGCGGGAGAAAAACCGGGGGCAAUGUUGCAUUUGGUGGUUCGAGCUGAACCGGACCCGCGGUUUGUCUUUCAGUUUGGUGGUGAACCGGAGUGUAGCCCGGUGGUUUUUCAGGUUCAGGGGAAUAGAAGUCAGCCGGUUUUUAGCUGCAAGUUUAGUGCUGAUCGGAAUAAUCGUUCACGAUCUCUCCCAUCUGAUUUUAACUUAAACAAUAGAGGUUGGAUGAGGACAUUUUCUGGAGAAAAGGACAGAACAGGAAGGGAAAGAAAAGGGUGGAUGAUAAUAAUCUAUGACCUUUCAGGAUCUGCUGUUGCAGCAGCAUCAAUGAUCACACCAUUUGUACCAUCUCCGGGUUCUGAUCGUGUUUCGCGAUCAAACGCCGGUGCAUGGCUCAUCCUGCGGCCUAAUGGCGCCUCUGUUAGUAGCUGGAAGCCAUGGGGUCGACUCGAGGCGUGGAGAGAAAGAGGACCAGUUGAUGGACUUGGUUACAAAUUUGAACUUGUUACUGAUACUGGCCUUACUAGUGCUGCUAUACCAAUAGCUGAAGGCACAAUGAGCAUGAAAAAAGGUGGACAAUUUUGCAUUGACAAUACAGUAAAAGACUCUGUACUGAGCUCAAAUUCGCCAAUUCGCGGAUUUGUGAUGGUGUCAACUGUGGAAGGUGAAGGCAAGACUAGUGUUCCGACGAUUCAAGUUGGGGUGCAACAUGUUAAAUCUAUGGCUGAUGCUGCUUUAUUUAUCUCGCUUUCGGCUGCCAUUGAUCUUAGUAUGGAUGCUUGUAGGCUUUUCUCUCGAAAACUUAGGAAGGAACUUUGCCAUGAUGAUCAAGAAUCAUACUUCUAAAACUUGGAUAACAAAGCUCUCCCUACUAUACAACAACAACAACAACAACAACAACCCCGUUGUAAUCCCACGAGUGGGGUUUGGGGAGGGUAGUGUAUACGCAGCCUUACCCCUAUCUUGUGAAGGUAGAGAGACUGUUUCCGAUAAACCCUCGACUCAACCCUACUAUAUAUUCUUUUAUUCACUUGCAGUGAUGACCAAAAAAAUACCCUGGUUUGAGCAUGAAAGAUACCCUUUUUCUCCCUAUAGCUGAUUUUUAACCUAUGUUGCUUCGAUCCUUCAAAAUGUCGCUACACGCAUGUCGAAUCCUCAAAAGAGGCAUUACUUUUGGAGGAUCUUGGACAUACCUGACAGCAGUUUGGAGGAUCCGAACAACAUAAUUUACAACACAUACUAUAUAUUUAUUAUUCUUUUUCAGAAAGAAAACAUUCUUUGUUUUUUAUAAUCCUCUUUGGAAAUCAACUCUCCUUUUGCAGGCUCAGGUUCUUAAGGUGACUGGUUUCUGUUAUAGUUUGGGGUUACUCUUCUCUUUUCUUUUUUUUGGUCACUUUUCGGCCAUGUUGAUUUUGUAUAUUUUUUUUUUAUUACAGAUAUAAACAUGUAUAAACAAAUUAUUGAUUUGUUCCUUAAGAUUUGUUCAUUCUUUUAAUAUAUUCAUCAUAAUUUUCAA